UUUAAACACUUCCGGGUUUAUCCGUACUUCCGGGUUUAUCCGUACACGCGUCUUCCACUCACCCCUGUUUUGGUGCCGCUGUUCGUCUUUAUCAGACAAACCAAAUAAUUCGUUGGUGGUUGUUUUUUCCGUCUGCAUCUGUAGUUUUCGUGAUUCCUCACUAAGAUAACACGAUGUCAGAAGCAGUUCCUUCUUCCUCUUGUGUUCUCCCAGAUAGCUUCACAGAAGCUAAUGUGGUAGCUCAGCCAGGUGACAUAAUGUUGGUGAAUUGCCCUCCUGAUGAUGUGGAGGAAAUAUCAAGGCUUCUGAUGUCCUCUCUGAAGCAGCACAAUGGACAGGAUACGAACAGUGAUUCCGGGGACAGCUUGUUCAUCACUCAGAAAUGUGCACCUCAACGACGGAGGCGCUUAAGCAGGAGAUCAAACUUCAGAGAUUCACCAGAAAAUGAAUAUGACGCAUCCACAUCUGAGGAGGAACAUCCAGAUGACAGAAAGCAGAAGAAGAAAAGCUGCACAACACCAAAGUUCACCUUUGAUUUUCUCGAAGAGAGAAUGAUGACUAGGUUACCAUAUUAUCAGAACAGAAAACUUCAUUAUUACGCCAUGGGAGGUUUCUUCAGAUGUGCAGAACAGCUUUGGGACAGCUAUCAGACAGAAAAAGAUCUGCUGGCGUCUCUACCAACUGUGGACCAGGACGGAGAGCCCAUAUCUCCGAUGUCAAAAGAGAAAGACGAAACUACAGAAGAUGAAGACAUCAGAGUGGUGGAAAAGAAGCUCUUUGUGGUGUCGAAAACAAAGAACUCCCAACCAUGGUACAAUCCUAGAAAGGGAUCCAGUGAAGAAACGCAACAGAAUGAAGAACACUACAAUGCUGCACGCGAGCCACAGGGAAGACCGGGAAGGAUGACGCACAAAAUAUCGACAUGGAUACCCUUGUCGAGGGGGGCGUCGUCUUCGAAAACAAAGGAGUCCGAUGAAAUCUCAGAAGAGACGGAGUCGGUUGAUGAACGAGUGUCAACGUCUGGAAGCCUCUCUGCUGAAACUGAAACGGGAAAGAACAGCAGAUCUCCAGGAAAAGAAAGUAGAGCAAGUGGUCUUAUUCCUGAAGACAAUGAACAGAUGCUUGAUAACGAAAGCGACGCCACAUGCGGUGGGGUGAGUGCAGAGCAAAGUGACGGAGAAGCAACAGACCCUCAUAUUGGGGCGAACGAACACACCGGUGUUCAAAAUAAUGAGAUAGAGUGUAGAAUAAUCAAUGUAAAGAAGAGGAAGAAGAUAAAAAAAGAUGGAGAAGGUGACAAAUAUGUAGAGAAAGGAAAAGAUCAGAGUCUAGAGGGAGCCGGGGGCCAGCAGCCUGAUCCCUCCUCAAACCUGAUUAUCACCGAGGCAGUGGAAGCUCCUUGUAUGGAAAAGAAGAAAAAGAAGAAGAAAAAGAAUCGUGAAGAAGAAGAAACAUGGAUACCCUCGUCGAGGGGGGCGUCGUCUUCAAAAACAAAGAAGUCCAAUGAAGUCUUGGAAGAGACGGAGUCGGUUGAUGAACGAGUGUCAACGUCUGGAAGCCUCCCUGCUGAAACUGAAACGGGAAAGAACAGCAGAUCAUCAGGAAAAGAAAGUAGAGCAAGUGGUCUUAUUCCUGAAGACAAUGAACAGAUGCUUGGCAACAAAAGCGACGCCACAUGCGGUGGGGUGAGUGCAGAGCAGAGCGCCAGAGAAGCAACAGACCCUCAUACUGGGGCGGACGAACAAACAGGUGUACAAUAUAAUGAUAUAGAGUGUAGAAUAAUCAAGGUACAGAAGAGGAAGAAGAAAAAAAAGGAUGAGGAAGAUGAUAAAUGUGUAGAGGAAGGAAAAGAUCAGAGUCUAGAGGGAGCCGGGGGUCAUCAGACUGAUCCCUCCUCAAACUUGAUUAUCACCGUGGAAGUGGAAGCUCCUUGCAUGAAAAAGAAGAAGAAGAAAAAGAAAUGUGAAAACCAAUAUCUCGGACAGGAGGCGGAUGAACAAUCAGACCAGUGGAAGGAGGAGGAUUUUGUUGUAGUGUGUGAAAAUGGAAAUAUUGUUACAGACUCUUUAAAGACCAACAAAGCUGCAGAGUCUGCGACGAAUGACGUACAUGUCCCAAAGAAAAGGAAGAAAAAGAAAAAGGACUCUUCAGAUCUGGAUGAAACAACUGAACACACAGAGGCAAUAGAUCAUUCCAGUAAUGGUGAAGUUUUUCAGGAAACACUGGAAUCCAGUGGGUUUAAAAGAAAAAAACACAAAAAGAAGAGCCAGUCGCCUAAUGACGAUCAGACAGAUGUGGACCUGUCAAACGAUGCCUCAAGCGUGCCACAAAAUACAGACUUUGUUUAUAAAAAGAAGAAAAAGAAACAUGUGAAUGACCAAGUAGGACUUGCGGAAGAAGAUGAAAGCGUAGAGAAAACUCCAAAAGAGAAGCAAGAGAUUGAGCAGGAGACCAAGAAGACGAAAAAGAGAAUGAAGGAUGAUAUCAGCGUGAGUAACUCAGAGGACAUGUUGGAGUAUGGUGACUAUUCGCAGCUUGUGCGCAAAAAGAAAAAUAAAAGGACCCAUUCCGUCCUUUCUGCUGAUGAUGAGGAACCGUCUCCAUCUGCUCAUGAGGGCUGUGCUGAAAAGCCUGAGGUCAGCGCUGGUGAGUUAGCCGCCGAAUCAGCAGACGUUUCUGAACAUUUGCGAGAAUCAAAAGAUGGCAAGAAGAAAAAGAAGAGGUCAGCAACUGUCCCCGAGAGUGAGGAAAGGGAGCUGGAGGAAACGUCUGAAGCGCUGGUCAAGAAUAAAGAGAAACGCAAGAGAACUAAAAGGCUCACGGAAACUUUGGAGAGUGUUGAGCAAUCUCAAACCGAAGAAGCGGCGGUUGUGAAUAAGACGAAGAAGAGGAAAAGCAGACGGGAAGUCCCGGAUGAAGAGAGCCAUCAAACUGAAGAGAAGGACAGAACAAAUCCUGGGGCUGGUUCUAGGUUUAACUCGGCGUCAUCUAAAACGUUUCCAGCAGAACUCGAGACGUCUUCCUCUCACUGUGUGGAGAGGAAAAGAAAGCUUAAUGCAAGAAGAAAACUUUAUAACCCAGAUAAAGACUUUCUCUCUGACUUAAAACAGCUCACCAGAUAGAUCAUGAUGUCAUAAGCUUUAUUUAUUUUAUUGUAAACCGUCAACCAUUUUAGGGUGACAAUGUUGAAAUUUAAAACCUUUUGGGUUCUGAAUUAGGUUUUUUUUCCUAUAUUUAAUUUUGUAUCACAACACUUUUACACCAGAAUAAUUCUCAAUUAUUUUUAAAUUGAGACGUAAUAUACGAAAAUGUAAAUG